GUUGCUCAUUUUAAGUCCAUCACAUGACUCAAACUUGCAACGGUCACUCUACCACUUCUUGUAGUGACAUCCCUCUGUGCAUAUAUCUGCUUUCUCAGCUUUUCAGUUUGACCAUUUAGGUGGAGAUUGGGUUUUCAUGGUUUUAGUUGUUACUUGGUUGAAAUUGAAACAUUUUAAGCAAAGUGAAGUGGUGAUUAGUUCAACAAAAAUCAAAAUAAUGUGGUGCAAUCCGAAAGAGUGAAAGUACCUAAUACCUUGAGGGUGGAAUAUAAUUAGGUCCACCUGCUUUGUUUUCUCUCUCUCCUCCAACAAUAUAUAAGUACAUAACGAACUCUCAUACCAACCCAAAGAACGAUGACUAGUUUGAAAGUGAGUUUCAGAGGCACUGCUCUUCCUUCUUCAUCACCUCAAACUUCCCGGCAUCACUUUUCAGAUUCAGUCACUUUUUCUCUCCCCAAGAAAUCAGUGAUAGCCAAGUUUCCAAACUCCACUAUACUAUGUCAUCCUAAGCUUCGUCUUCAAGCUUCUUUUGGGAAGAAGACCAGAGCUUCAGUCUCUGCAAUAGUGGCAACUGGUGUGCAAGAGGUUCUUCCACCAGCUCUUACUAACAGCUCAGUCCCACCUACACUCUUUGAUGGGAACACAAGGUUGUAUGUAUCUUACACAUGCCCAUUUGCUCAGCGCGCAUGGAUUGUCCGGAAUUGUAAGGGAUUGGAGGAGAAGAUAGAAUUGGUUCCUCUUGAUCUGCUAGACAGGCCUUCUUGGUACAAAGAAAAAGUGAACUCUACUAACAAGGUGCCAUCACUGGAACACAAUAACGAAAUCAAAGUAGAGAGUCUUGAUUUGAUUAGGUAUAUCGACAGUAACUUUGAAGGGCCUUCACUGUUCCCUGAUGAUCCUGCAAAGAGAGAAUUUGCAGAAGAGUUGUUUUCCUACACCGACUCCUUCAACACAUCUGUGUUUUUGUUUUUCAAAGGAGAUGGAACUGAGGCAGCUGCCGGUGCUGCAUUUGACUAUAUUGAAACUGCUCUCUCGAAAUUUGAAGAUGGACCUUUCUUUCUUGGCCAAUUCAGUCUGGUGGAUAUAGCUUAUGCUCCAUUCAUUGAAAGAUUUCAACCUUUUGCAUUGGAUGUGAAGAAGCUUGACAUAACUGCAGGCAGACCUAGACUGGCAGCAUGGAUUGAGGAGAUGGACAAAAACGAUGCUUACAAUAGAACCCGACGUGAUCCUAAAGUGCACGUUGAAAUCUACAAGAAACGCUUUCCGGUAAUUUGUUCUUCUGCAAGUUAGGAAGUCAAUUUCACAGUUUUUGCCAGUUCUCAAAUCAUUUCAUCGAUUGUGCACCCUCGAGUCUGAAAUCAGCGUAAACUAGUUGAAGGGUAGCUGCAGAUAAAUUUUGCUUUCCUUCUCAUCUCUGUAUGUCAUUGUAUGGUGAACCAAAUCAUGUAGCAAACUCAUGAAAAUGGAUUUCAAAAGGGCAGUCUAAUUAGUGAUUCGAAUCUUCAUUUCUUGUAUGAUAAUCUAGCUGAACUGGGAUUUGCAACUUCCUUAUAUGAUUAGUAAUAUGCAAAGAGGAACACUUUAAAUAUAGGGAGAUAAUCAUGUCCUGAAAACGAGGGCCUUGAUUUCCUCAACUUUU